CCGACGGCAGCUCCGGGCUCCGCGGCCGCGGGGCGCUCGGGGAGGGAGCGGGGCUGCGGGACCCCAGCCCCCCUCCCCGGCCCGGCCCGGCGGAGAUGGGUGCCCUGCCCGCCGGCAACGGCAGCGCUUGGGGCGGCGGCGGCAACUGCAGCGGGGCCAGUCUGAGCCGGCAGUGGGUGGUGGGGGCCGCCCUGAGCCUCACCGUGCUGGUCAUCGUGGCCGGCAACUUGCUGGUGAUCGUGGCCAUCGCCAAGACGCCGCGGCUGCAGACCAUGACCAACGUGUUCAUCACCUCGCUGGCUUGCGCCGACCUCAUCAUGGGCUUGCUGGUGGUGCCGCCGGGGGCCACCAUCCUGCUGAGCGGCCACUGGCCCUACGGCACGGUGGUGUGCGAGCUGUGGACCUCGCUGGACGUGCUGUGCGUCACGGCCAGCAUCGAGACGCUGUGCGCCAUCGCCGUGGAUCGCUACCUCGCCAUCACGUCGCCGCUGCAGUACGAGGCGCUGGUGACCAAGGGCAGGGCGCGGGCCGUGGUGUGCCUGGUGUGGGCCAUCUCUGCCUUCAUCUCCUUCCUGCCCAUCAUGAACCACUGGUGGAGGGACGGGGCGGACGAGCAGGCGGUGCGCUGCUACGACGACCCGCGCUGCUGCGACUUUGUCACCAACGUGACCUACGCCAUCAUCUCCUCCACCAUCUCCUUCUACGUGCCCCUGCUCGUCAUGAUCUUCGUCUACGUCCGCGUCUUCGCCGUGGCCACGCGGCACGUCCAGCUCAUCGGCAAGGACAAGGUGAGGUUCCUGCAGGAGCCCCCCAGCUCCAGGAGCAGCCGGCGGCGGCGGCCCUCCCGUCUGCUGGCUAUCAAGGAGCACAAGGCGCUCAAGACCCUGGGCAUCAUCAUGGGCACCUUCACGCUCUGCUGGCUGCCCUUCUUCGUGGCCAACAUCAUCAAGGUCUUCUGCCGGCCGCUGGUGCCGGAUCAGCUCUUCCUCUUCCUCAACUGGCUGGGCUACGUCAACUCAGCCUUCAACCCCAUCAUCUACUGCCGCAGCCCCGACUUCAGGAGCGCCUUCCGCAAGCUGCUGUGCUGCCCACGCCGCGCCGACCGCCGGCUCCACGCCGUCUCGCAGGACCUGCAGCGCUGCCCCUGUGCCUUCAGCCCCCGGGGGGGCCCCUCGGAGGACAGCAAGGCGGCAGCCCCCGGGCACCCCGGGGAGGACGGCGAGGCUCGGGGCAGCGGCAGCAGCAGCCGCUGCAGCAGCCGCACAGAGGAGACCAGCCUGUCCCAGGGCAGCGGCCACCGGCAGCGGCCCCUGGGCGAGUCCCAGCUGCAGGGCACCCAGCCCUCGCUGUGCUCCCAGCUUGAUGAGUUUGCCGGCAGAGAGAUGACAGCAAGUCCUUCCAUCUGACCGGGAGCAGCCGAGAGCCGGGAAGAGAGGUCGGGUGUUGCGAAGGGGACAGAGGAGCGGCGCUGGGGGUGACGGCACUGGAAGGACCCUCCCCGGGGAGGAGAGGGGCUGUCCUGCGGCAGCGCUCGCAGUCACAACAGGGCUCGGGGAGCCGGCUCCUCUGUGCCGUUGGUGCUGGAGAGCUGGAGCCAGCCGGGAAGAAGCUCCCAAGCCGCUCGCCAAGAGGCAGAGCAGCCCCGGGGAUGGGCUCGCUGCGGGGACGGGGGACCAGCUCCCACCCGGGGGUGUUUUCUGGCAUGGCUGGUGGCUCUGCUCUCUUGAAGGACAAAGGACGCCCGUCAGGAAGGGGAGAAGAGCUUCCUGCAGGCACCAGCCCUUUCCAGGAUCUCUGCUCUGUCCCGCCCCAGCUGCUGCACUCCCAGCGCUGGGUGCGAUCCCCGGGAGCCACAGCAAUGCCUUUAGCAAAGGAGAAGCACAGGGGAGCAAGGGGAGCUCCGAGCGUGCAGGACUGGGCAAAAACAAGUGACUUAUGCUCUUGCCAAAUCUCCUCCUGUUUCUCCCUGUCCGUUCGGGGCAGAUGUCCAUGUUUCU